AUGGCUGCGGCGCGCGCGCCCGCGUCCUCCCGCCGGUGCCUCACCGUGCUAUUCGUGGUGGCCGCGGUGGCGGUUCUCCUCUCGGCCUGCUGCGCCGAGGGAGCGGCGGCGGCGGCCGGCAAGGCGACUCCGCGGCGGAGGCAGCUGCUUCGGCAGCGGCAGGUGGAGUACCACCUCAGGCGGCUCAACAAGCCGCCGGUCGCCAGCAUUGAGAGCCCGGAUGGAGACAUCAUAGACUGUGUGCCCAUCUCCAGCCAGCCUGCGUUCGAUCACCCUUUCCUCAAGGAUCAUACCAUCCAGACAAGGCCUGCUUACCACCCAGAAGGCCUGUAUGAUGAGUCCAAGGUUGCAUCAUCCCACAAGGACAAGCAGAAAAUCACCCAAAUGUGGCAUCAGAAUGGCCAGUGUCAAGAGAACACCAUACCAAUCAGGAGGACCAAGAAGGAGGAUGUCCUCAGGGCCAGCUCCGUCAAGAGGUAUGGCAAGAAGAUGCACAAGAGCACCCCAAACCCCUCGUCUGUUGAACCUGACAUGCUCAAUGAGAGUGGCCACCAGCAUGCCAUAGCAUAUGUGGAGGGGGAUAAGUAUUAUGGAGCCAAGGCCACCAUCAAUGUGUGGCAGCCAAGCAUUCAGCAGGGCAAUGAGUUCAGCCUUUCCCAGCUUUGGAUCUUGGGAGGCUCUUUUGGGCAGGACCUCAACAGCAUUGAAGCAGGAUGGCAGGUCAGCCCAGACUUGUAUGGAGACAACAACACUAGACUCUUUACCUACUGGACGAGCGAUGCGUAUCAAGCAACAGGGUGCUACAACCUGCUCUGCUCUGGAUUCAUACAGACAAACAACCAGAUAGCCAUGGGCGCCAGCAUCUUCCCUAUUUCCAACUAUGGUGGCUCCCAAUAUGAUAUCAAUAUUUUGGUCUGGAAGGACCCAAAGGAGGGCAAUUGGUGGCUGCAAUUUGGCAAUGACUACGUCUUGGGUUACUGGCCCUCCUUCCUCUUCUCCUACUUGGCGGACAGCGCCUCCAUGAUCGAGUGGGGCGGCGAGGUGGUGAACACGGAGCCCGACGGCAGCCACACCUCCACCCAGAUGGGCAGCGGCCACUUCCCGGAAGAAGGUUUCGGCAAGUCGAGCUACUUCAAGAACAUCCAAGUGGUGGACUCGACCAACAAUCUCAAGGCACCAAGGGGAAUCGGGUCAUACACUGAGCAAUCAAAUUGCUACGAUGUGCAGAACGGUAACAAUGGUGACUGGGGCACCUACUUCUACUAUGGGGGCCCUGGGAAGAACCCCAACUGUCCAUAGCAAGAAAAGAACCGCUGCUGCUAUCCAAGCCCUAACCCCUUGACACCUCUGUAUGAUCCAGUAAAUUAGUCUACACCUCUCCUUUCUUUCCAUUUUUCUUUUUCAUUUUUUUCUUCUUGGUUUUUUUGUUUUUGGUUUUAAGUUUUGCCACCAGUUCAUUAACUUCUAGGUAAGGCAAGUGUUUGACACGUGAGUUUGUUCUCCACCUCAGAGAGAUGUUGGUCUUUGUUCUAGGGAGGAGUGUGUGUGGUCAAGUUUCUGAAGAGAAACAGGCCUGGUUGGGUUUGUGCCACAUGUCUGUCAAAUUAUUUUGUUCCUCCUAUGUCACCAACUCUCUGUGUGACCC